CCGCGGUCUCCUGUUUUGUCUUGAUGCUGGGUUAACACGAACUCUAAGAAAUGUAGCAGAAACAUACAGUUAAAUACAAACCUGUAAUAUUCUCCUUUUCACAGUCAAGACUAGGUUUUGAAGCAGUAUCUUUACUGGGAUCUGCUCCUGUGAAGAUGAGGUUUGUUAAAGAGGAGAUUGAAGAGAAAACGAGUGAACCAGAAACAUGGAGAAUAAAACACGAGGAAAGAGAAGAGUUGAUUGAAGAAAAACAGAAUGACGAAUCAAGUGAAGUUGAAGAGAAAAACCGCAUCAAAACUUUCAAUAGGCCUCAGAUCAAAAAGAAAAGAAGAGCCAAGACCUCUUUCACCUGCACUCAGUGUGGAAAGAGUUUCAAGCGCAAAACAAGUCUUGAUUGUCACAUGAGAGUUCACACCGGAGAGAAACCGUUCACUUGUGAUCAGUGCGGGAAGUGCUUCACACACAAAACAAGUCUCGAACGUCACAUGAGAAUUCAUACUGGAGAAAAGCCGUUUACUUGUGACCAGUGUGGGAAGAGUUUCACGCACAAAUCGAGUAUUGAGCAUCACAUAAGAGUUCGCGCUGGAGAGAGUCCGUUCUCCUGGGACAAAUGUUGGAAGAGUUUCACGCACGUACUUGUGAUCAAUGCGGGAAGCCUUUUUCAUGCAAAGCAAGUCUUGAUCGUCACAUGAGACGUCAUACUGGAGAAAAGCCGUUUACUUGUGAUCAGUGCGGGAAGAGUUUUGCAAAAUCAGCUAACCUUAAAAUACACAUGAACAUGCACACUAGAGAGAAGCACAAAUGUGAUCGGUGUGGUAAAACGUUUCUAUGGGC